AUGGAGAAAGAGACCCUAGGCGAAGUUGCUAUAAUCUAUCCUGUAUUUUCCUUUUGGGUUCGAGCAGAAUCCAAGACACUUGAAGAACCGAAGCUUGAAAAUGAAGCUUCACGACUUACCAACAUUGGAGUGUCGGGAAGGCCAGAGGCAGGAAUUCCUGCUGAUGCGUUGGGAUCCUCCUUCGAGCUGGAGGCAGAGUCAAAUGUGAGCCUGGCAGCUGAGCAGCUGAGAAGGGACUUGAUGAUCCAAGGCCGAUACUUCACAUCCAGCACGACUUUACUUGUAAGAGUACCUUUUCCGAUGGACAAACAGGCAUUUGUUGAGUUUGAUGUCCGGUUGGAUGCACAAGAUGGUACUCUUAUACAUUUUCGUGCUUCUCCAGACCACCGGGAACGCUUGACGGUGAAGAACAUCCAAGAUCACCAGUUCACAUUGGCACUCAAUCAAGCACGACUGGAGCUUAAAUAUGUUGAUGGCCGUCUCCCUCAACGCACACUUCAGGUAAGGACCAGAUGGACACUAGCUAUUCCCGGCCUUCAUCGAAUCCAAGCUGGUGUAUACAAAGGUCAUCCAUGGGUUCGGUUGCUGGACAAAGAUCGCAAGGAGUUGGCUGCUGCUGGCCUCCGAGAUAUCGAAGAAAUCUGGACAAUGGGUGCAUUACAAAGAAUUCCGACAGUUGGUGGACCUGGAACAAUGGUGAUUGGACAUCAGAUUGUCGUCAGUCCAAGGAGGUGA